AUGUCUUCUGAGAUCGACGAAUAUAGAGAGAAUCUUGUUCAGGUUAAAACGUUAUUAGAAGCUGAUCCCGAAAACGAGGAUCUGAACUUAGUCAAAAAAGAACUAGAGGAACUAAUUGCGACGCUUGAGCAGACCCCGCCGCCUGCCCCUGAAAAAGACGUGAAACCUUUCCCAAUAGGAAGUCAAGUGACCAGUGGUAAGUUCAAAGGCCGGGUUAUUUCCGUCAAGAAGGGUGUCUACACCAUCCGAUCGGGCACCGAGAAUCGAGAGUUUGCGGCAAAAGAGCUCAGUCUCGUGAAGGCCAAACCACGCAAGCAGACGGCUGCCGACCUCCAGCUGGAAAAGUCCAAGUCCAAGUGGCAGCAAUUCCGCAGCCAGCACCGAUCAGCAAGGGGGUCGAAACGCAAACAAGCGCACUCGUAA